UUUUUUCAGAAUUCUUUCGUGGCUGGUCCACAACAUCACGGCGCUGAGUCAAGGCAGGAAAGCCCCAUAGAAAGACAACUCUCUUCCCCCCAUUCAUCAUAGUAAAUACACCAUAAGAUUUGUUGCAACCAUGACCUCCAGACUCCUCCGUGCGGCACAGCGUCGUCCUCUGAUCACCCUCGGUGCCACCACCGUGGCAGGAACCCUGGGCGCCGCGUCGUUUGUCGAAUUCCAAGCCACGCGCAACGACCAAAUCACACUGCCUCGUCGCUACAAUUGGGAUGCUCUCAAUGAUUACUGGUCCAUUCGACCUGUAUCCGUGGCCUAUAGAGUCCUGGAAAUUGCUACGGCGUUGGGGCCACUGGUGGCGUUGUAUGUGUGGGAUUUCCAUAUUUUGAACACGUCAAAUAAUGACCAGACCACGCGACAACACGCCCAACAGUGGCGAGACGCGUUCACCCAAUUGGGUCCUGCCUUUGUCAAAGCCGGACAACAGCUCUCCAUUCGACCCGAUCUGGUAUCGCCCAUUGUCUUGCACGAAUUGCAGAAAUUGUGCGAUGCCGUCACACCCGUCGCAGAUGAAAUUGCCCUGGCCACCCUGCAACAAGAACUACAUGAUCUUGGCAAUAUUUUCAAGAACGACUUGAAGUUGGUGGCAUCCGCCUCAUUGGGACAAGUCUACAAGGGAACACUGCGAUCGACUGGGGAAACCGUGGCCGUCAAAGUACAGAGACCCAAUAUGCGGAAGUCCUUUAGUUUGGAUCUCUUUCUCUUGCAACAGUGGGGCGUCUUUAUGGAUGCUUGGACCAGUGUCAUUACCCAUCAAAAACCGUACCACAAGGAAUUCUUGCAGACAUAUGCCAGUGGUUCGUACGGAGAACUCGACUAUGAGCUAGAAGCGAGAAAUCAAAAACAGUUUCAGUACGAAAUGAAAACUCGAAAUUCACCCAUUGUCAUUCCGAAUGUCUAUGACCAAUUCACUACCCAAAAAGUACUGACCACCAAAUGGAUUGAUGGAAUCCGACUCUCCGAUUCUGACCCCGAAACGAUCCGGAGAUUGAUUCCUGUGGGAGUCGAACUCUUUCUCUGUCAAUUACUCGAUAUUGGAGCCUUUCAUGCCGAUCCUCAUCCGGGAAACCUCCUGGUGACACCCGAGGGAAAACUCUGUCUGCUGGACUUUGGUCUUUGUGCCACUGUCGAUCCGCAUGCUAGAGCUGCCAUGUCACAAGCCAUUGUGCAUCUCUUGAAGCGAGACUUUCAUUCUCUCGUUCACGACGACACGAAACAACUGGGAUUUCUACCACACGAUUAUGACGCUACAGAGCUUACACCUAUUCUCACCAAAAUCCUCACGGGCGGUCUACUCGAUGCCGGAUCCAAUCUACAAACCCGCAAACGAAAGUUACUGGAGAUUUCCAAUGAGCUCAACCAAGUCUUUUUUCAAUAUCCCUUUUCCGUGCCACCCUUUUUUGCACUCGUCACGCGAGGAUUGGGAUUGUUGGAAGGCAUUGCCUUGACGGGAGAUCCCGACUUUGACAUUUUCAGAGCGAGUGCACCCUAUGCUACCAAACGAGCCAUGCAAAUGGCCACCCGGUCGUGGACCACCAAACAACGCAAUAGUAGUAAUCCACCCAAUGCCAUGGCGGUACAAUAG